AUGAACCAACUCGAAACCGGGAUUCUGGCAGCUCUGUGGCAUCACAUCCUGCAUCGUUUUCACGCGAACAGUCAAGCCCUGCAAUCAGCCGACCAAGAUCUCAACUCCGCAGUUGCAAUCUAUGAAUCACUCAUGGAUUUUAUCGGUAAGCAGCGUGCAAGAUUUGAAGAGUUUGAGGCUGAGGGAAAGAAGCUCAGUCAAUGUGACCAGUACGUCGGCGAAGAGAAACGAGUGCGCAAGAGAAAUCGCCGUUACGACGAGCCAGGACUCUGCGCCGGAAGUGUCGCAGACCCCUGCCAAUAAGUUCCGUACGGAUACGUUCCUUGUCAUAAUCGACAAAAUUGAUGCUGAGUUGCGGAAACGACUGGGCGCAUACACCGGAAUUGCUGCAAGGUUUGGCUUUCUACGAAAGCUCAAGGACCUUUCAGUUGAAGAAGUAGUCGAAAGUGCGAAGAUUCUCCAAGAGGCAUACCCGACAGAUCUAGAAGCAGUUUGUCUGAUGAAUUAGUACAGUUUUCUGGUUUUCUCCACACAGAUUUUGCUAUGAAAUCAUUGGAUCAUGUGACUACUGCUUCUGCAACGUCUUCACCAGCUAUGAACGAUACAUCCUCUGAUGAAUUUGACGACGAAGAUGACUUAACGAAAGAUGACAACGACGUCACAUUGAACGUAGAUUCAUUGGAAUUGCGCAUGUACAGGCUUCUUCUGGAGAACAAUCUGGAAACUGUAUUUCCGAACACUGUAAUCGCAUUGCGGAUCUAUCUUAGUCUCAUGAUCUCGAACUGUUCUGGAGAACGGUCCUUUUCUAAACUUAAGCUAAUUAAGAAUCAGCUCCGAUCAUGCAUGACACAGAAGCGACUAAAAAGCCUUAUUCUACUUAGUAUUAAAAGUGAUCUUCUGCGUAGCAUUGACAUGUCGUCGAUAAUUAACGAGUUUGCUCUUAAAAAAUCGCGUAAGCACAACGUUUACAAAGCCUCUGCAGAAUGA